AUGUCAGAAAUAAAAACUAGCAAAGAGUUUAAUAUUCAAGAACAAGCAGUAGUUCAAGCAACAACACCAACCAAAAGCGAAGAAAAAGCCGAAGAAGGAGGAGGCAAUGUUUCCCUGCAUAUAUUAGAAGUUGGUGCCCAACCAAUUAAAGUUUAUGGGGAAAUAAAAGAUAUUGUUAAUAGUGCAGGUGACAAACAAAUAAACAUUGUUAAUGCAAAACAAAUGGUUGACCAAAAAAAGCCAAUCUUAGAAAAUAUUCCCAAAGCAAAAGCCGAAGAAUACAAAAAACGACUAGUAGACAAAGGAGCUAAACGUCGUGAAUAUCUUGCUCUUAAUCGUUCACCGCUUUUUAAAAGUCUACCAGACCGGGAUUUUGCCCAAGAGCAAAAAUUAUCCUAUCAUAACCUUCUCUAUGAAAAAUUACCCAAACUGCUAAAUUUUUACUUUCCUGCCGAAUUCAGCGAUUAUAAUAACAACGUUAAAAUAAAAAUUGAAGAAAUCGAAUGCCACGAGCCCGAGAUUAGCGAGGAAGAAGCAAAAAACGAAGCUCUUACUUGA